CACUUCGUACUUCUCUUAACACUGGUGUUGACUGAACUGCUGUCAUUCAAGCCUCCAAAUCCCAUCUGAUGCCGUGAGUGGACUCUGGCAAAGGGAGUGUUUCAGUAAGUUCAAUAAGAGUUGGAUAUGGCCAUAAAUACAACAGAAUCACGACAGAGACUGAAGUAGGGCCUGUCCCCGAUUGAAUUCAAUAUUACUGUGCUUGUGAGUAAGAAUUGGCAGAAACAAGAUGUGGUGGUUUAUUGCAGUAGUCUGUCUAAUACAAGCCAUUACAAGCUCAGAAGAACUCAUCAAGAAGAAAAGAAACCUGAAUCCUGAAACGUUUAUGAAUAUUAGUCAGUUGAUCUGCUAUGAAGGAUAUCCCAGUAAGGAGUAUGAAGUUCUGACAGAGGAUGGCUAUUACUUGAAAAUAAACAGAAUUCCUUAUGGCAGAGAAAAACCUACAGACAGAGGUCCAAAGCCAGCUGUGCUUCUCCAGCAUGGAUUGUUUGGUCAAGGUAGCAACUGGAUCGAAAAUUUGGCCAACAACAGCCUGGGCUUCAUGCUAGCAGAUGCUGGCUAUGAUGUUUGGAUAGGAAAUAGCAGAGGGACAACCUGGUCUCAAAGACAUCAGAAAUUUUCAAUUGCCCAAGAGGAAUUUUGGGAUUUCAGUUUUCAUGAAAUGGGCAAAUAUGACCUUCAAGCUAUGAUUAACUUUAUUCUGCAGAAAACUGGACAGAAGCAACUGUAUUAUGUUGGCUACUCUCAGGGCGGCACUAUGGCGUUCAUAGCAUUUUCUUCCAUGCCACAGCUGGCACAGAAAGUCAAAAUGUUUUUUGCCUUGGCUCCUGCUGUCACCGUUGGACACACCAAAAGCCCUCUGGUGAAAAUGUUGUUAAUGCCUGAAGGAGCAUUGCAGGAUUUUCUUGGCAAAAAAGACUUCCGUUGGUGGGGUAAUACUAUGAGAGAGAUCGUUGCCAAAAUAUGCUGCUAUGAAUUACCUAAUAGACUUUGUGCCAAUGCAUUUUUCUUUGCGGGUGGAUUCAAUGAGAAAAACAUAAAUAUGAGUCGAAUGGAUGUGUACACAGGCCGCUUUCCAGAUGAAACAUCUAUUAAAAACAUACUGCACUGGGCCCAGGCAGUUAAAUCAGGAGAAUUCAAAUAUUUUGACUAUGGCAGUGAGAACCAGGCUAAGUACAACCAGUCUGUCCCUCCCUUCUAUAAGAUAGAAGAUAUGACUGUGCCCACUGCAGUAUGGUCCGGUGGAGAGGACUGGAUGGUAGACACAAAGGAUAUUGACAUGUUACUCCCUCGCAUUACUAACCUAGUUUACCACAAGCAUAUUUCUGACUGGAACCACUGGGAUUUCACCUGGGGUCUUGAUGCAGCCAAGCGUUUAUACAGUGAAAUUAUUGCACUGAUGGGAAAGUAUCCAUAAAACCACACAGCAUUAUUUGAGAAUUAAUUAGUUAAUUUGAGCUUGUAAAUGGAAGGGGGGGUUACUGUGAAAGGAUUUAAUAUUUACUUUAUUUUUCUUUUGGUCAUGGUAUCAAUUUUUCCCCAUCUUCCUGCUGAAAUUCAGCAACCAGGAUUCUGUUACUCAGAAAACUGAAUUAUAUUUCUCAAAGGAAACACUUCUGAAACCAAAACUAAAAUCCUAUAAUGCACAUUACAGCUGUGAGCCAGAAUCCAUGUGCAUGCCUUAAAUCUUUCAGCACAGUACAUCAUUAGAUGUUAAACUAAUGAGGACAUAUCUCUGGUCCAGUUAAAAUACUAGAGAACUUUCCCAUGUUACAUAUUAAAAAUAAAUGCAGCCUUUCAUAUAUAGUUAAGACAGUCUAUGUUAGUUUUACUUUGACCAUUUAUUUUGUAUAGAUACACAUGAAUAUAUACAAUAAUAAUGAUAAGACAGCAAAAGCAUGACAGGAAAAAUACACACAUCAAAGGAUGUCCUUGAAUUGAAAUGCUUGUAAAAAAAGAUAAAGAGAAUCACACUAGGAAGAGAUGAAUGGGGGGGAAAAUCAAUGUUUGGAAUCUAAAACAUUUGUAUACAAUUAGAAAUAUAACCUUAUGCCCUUUUCUCAUGUAAAUUAUUUUUUACUUCCAAAAAUUGCUCCCACACCUCCCAACAUUUUGCCAGGUCACAAAGCUCUCAGACUAUCAGCUCCACAUAACCAGCUAUUUCUCCUUUACACUGAAAUCAGUCUUCUGAUAUUGGUCAAUAUGGAUUCCAUCAUCCAUAUGGUGACAACCUUGUUACAGAGAAUAUAGCUAAUGCAAUCUAGUUCUUUCGAUUGUGAGAGGUUCUUAAUUUCAGUAAGGGCAUUAAAUGGAUUAACUGAGGUACUGCUCUUCCCCCAACUAGUUCCAUUACUCUGGUCUACAAUUUUUGAGAAGUCGUCUGCUUCAGAGAUAAAAUGUGCUAUUUAUUA